AGGAGAAUCCUUCAUGCGUCUUACCAAGCACCAGAAUCGCGAUUUGGAGAAAGCAGGUCAAGUCGACGAUCUUCCUAGGAGAUGACAGUCAUCGUCGAUUGGAUACCGCUCAAUGAUCCCGAGAAUCCUCAGAAUUGGCCUACAUCGAAGAAGCUUCUAACGGCAUGUCAAAUAUAUGUCUAUACCUUUGCGGUUUACAUGGGUGGUGCCAUCUUCUCCGCGAGUGAAGGUGGAAUCCGUGAUGAAUAUGGAGUCAACCAUAUUGUCUCUGGACUGGGUUUCGCUCUUUACCUGGUUGGUUACGGAGUAGGCCCUUUGGUUUUCAGCCCUAUUUCGGAAAUACCAACGAUUGGGCGCAAUCCUCCUUACAUUGUGUCUCUCCUCAUUUUUGUCAUUCUCUGCGUGCCGACGGCCUUGUCAAAGAGCUACGCCGGUCUCCUAGUCCUCCGCUUUCUUCUUGGGUUUUUUGGUUCUCCAUGUCUAGCAACCGGUGGUGCCACCCUGGGCGAUAUGUUCCCGUUGGGCAAGUUACCCUUCGCCAUGAUGUUCUGGGCCUUUUCAAUGACUACCGGCCCGGCAGUCGCGCCCAUAAUUGGGGGUUAUAGUGUGGUGGUGAAGGGAUGGCGGUGGACUUCUUGGGAGAUCCUCUGGUUGGCCGGCCCAGUCUUUGUCUUCAUGCUCCUCUUUCUACCGGAGACGAACGCUGCGACUAUUCUGCACCGUCGCGCCAGCCGGAUCCGUGCACACGUGGGUAAUGAGAAGUACCGCUCUCAGGGAGAAUUGGAACACAAACAGACAAAUAUCCAUGAUAUUGCGUUCGAAACGCUGGUACGCCCGUGGCAGUUGAUGUUCCUUGACCCUGUCAUCUUGUACGUGGACAUUUACAGUUCUCUAUGCUAUGCAAUCUUUUAUAGCUUUUUUGAGUCAUUUCCACACGUGUACGGAGAGGUAUACGGAUUUUCUCUUGGGGAGCAAGGAUUAGCAUUCCUAAGUGUAACAAUCGGGACCGUGGCUGCGGCUAUCUGGUACAUCAGCUACAAUUACUUCAUCGUGGAGCGUCAGAUCCGCGCAGGAACCUGGCCUACACCCGAAGACCGGUUAUUUUUGGCGCUUUUCUCUACCCCGCUGAUGCCCAUCGGCCUGUUCAUAUUCGCGUGGACGAGUCGUUCCAAUGUCCACUGGGUUGUGAGCUGCAUUGGAGUUGCUGUCAAUACGUGCGGGUUGAUCACCAUGUACCAGUGCGUGUUUUUGUACUUGCCCCUGGCAUAUCCGCAGUAUGCAGCUAGUCUUUUUGCCGGUAAUGAUUUUGUCCGGUCAGCUCUGGCUGGUGGUGCGGUCCUUUUCGCACGGCCUCUGUUCGCUAAUCUGGGGGUGGACAAGGGAGUGUCUCUUUUGGGGGCGCUAACAGCCGGACUUGUUCCAGGGAUCUUCAUUCUAUACUGGUUUGGUGAUCGUCUCAGAGCGCGAAGUAGAUUCGCUUCUGGUUGAACCAACUCUGGAUCUCUGGUGUGGACCGGCGUGAAUGGGCCACCCGUUGUGGUAGUGCUUAGGUGGCAGCCAGCAGCAUUAG